AUGGUACUACAUUAGCAUCUGGUAGUUUAGAUAAGUCUAUCUAUUUAUGGGAUGUUAAAACAGGAGAAUAACAUGCCAAAUUAGAUGGUCAUUCAAGUGCUGUUUUUUCAGUUUGUUACUCUCCUGAUGGUACUACAUUAGCAUUUGGUAGUUAUGAUAAGUCCAUCCGUUUAUGGGAUGUUAAGACAGGAUAACAAAAAGCCAAAUUAGAUUGUCAUUAAUAUGCAGUUUUAUCAAUUUGUUACUCUCCUGAUGGUACUACAUUAGCGUCUGGUAGUGAUGAUAAGUCUAUUUCGUUUAUGGGAUGUUAAGACAGGAUAACAAAAAGCCAAAUUAGAUGGUCAUUAAUAUGCAGUUAAUUCAAUUUGUUACUCUCCUGAUGGUACUACAUUAGCGUCUGGUAGUGAUGAUAAGUCUAUCCGUUUAUGGGAUGUUAAGACAGGAUAACAAAAAGCCAAAUUAGAUGGUCAUUCAUGUGAUGUUUAUUCAAUUUGUUACUCAGCUGGUGGUAUUACAUUAGCAUCUAGUAAUGAAAAUAAUUCUAUCCGUUUAUGGGAUGUUAAGAUAGGAUAAGAAAUCUUAUCUUCAAAUAAUUGUUAUAAAGAUAUUUUAGCCUAAUUUUAAGCUUCGAAUUUAACAAAUAAUGGUAUUUUAGAAAUUGGUAAUUUUUUUUACAAUAUUCUUUAGCUACCUAAAAUAUUACAAUAUUAACAAUUACCUAAAAUCCCAAUUUAGAAGCAUAAGGAGCCAUGAUCCUGAAAGGGGAAUUUAGAGAUUAUAAAGGAUAUGAUUUACGUUCAUUCUUUAAAUCUAAAGGAAGCUGUCUUUUGGAAACCUAUUUACAAUCAUCAUAACAGUGA